AUGCCUUUGUGGGUCUUGUCGAGCUUCACUUUGUUGACUUUGGUAUGCUUUUCGACUGUUGGGGAAGUCUGGUCUUACCAACUGGAUUUGGAUUCAAGGCUUUCACGCAUAGUCUCUUACAUGAUGAAUGAAGUGCCCGCGAAUGUGGUUUGCGCAGGAUGCUGUGCUUUCCCUUGUUUCUGGCUGUGCACGCAGAAACUGCAGAAACACGAGGAGAUGCUAAAUCAGAUGAAGCACUUCGAUGUUCGAAGUGCUGAGUGCACAGUGGAAAGUGACCGCAUAGUCAUCCAGGAACAAAUUGUUAACCUUUUUGAUGAAGCUUUGGAGCCUCCGGUUCAAGUCCCUUUCGGAACUGUUGCAGAUGCUCCGGAUGCUCCUUUGAUGUCCCCAGACGUGCUUCAGGACAUCCGUGACAUCACUAGCUACCCGAGCCGUGAUGAAAUCCUAGACCAGUUCAACGCAUAUGUGAGGGGCCCAUUGCAUGGAAGCAUUGAAGCAUCCGUGGGGAAAGAAGAGUAUGUCCCUCUCAAUUCUUGCUUCGCGGCUCAGUUGCCAGCGAUUUUGUGUGGCUUCAUGAUUGCGCUUGGCUGUGAUGGCCAGGCGGAUUGUGGGAUGUCAGCCUCCAAUCUGGGCUUUGCUUCGGUGACCGAGUACAUGAUUGUCAAUAUGUUUGCUUGUGGAAUACAAAUACCCUUGACAUAUCCUCACAUUUCCUCUGGUGCUGCGAACCAGCCACCUAGUAACCCGAGCCAUGUCCAGUGGAAUUUGGCAGACCCUCGUGGGUGCAUCUCUCACAGGAUUGGUGCUAGCUGCCUGUUUGUGUGGCAUAAGUCUUCACUUCGUGCUGUUAAUCGUGGUCGUCAACAAAUAUUCGACAAUAUGUUUGGGAGCUUAUGUGGCCUGCUUUGCUAUUGUGCUCUGGGCCCUUUGGUUUUGCUUCUUCAGGACCUCAGCCCGACACUCCUCACGAUGUUUUGCUGUUUCUGCUUCAACGCCUUGACGUCCAAGAUGCAAGGGAAAAAGGAAAUGUUUUUGUUUUUGCAGCAUGACUUCUGUGGAUUUACAUGA